UUGACAUAACAUUUUGUUACAUCGCUGUGUUCAAACAUGACAAUUUGUUACUACAUUCAAUAGCAGUGCUGAGUUAAUUCAUUGACAUUAGUUGAACCAAAUGAUCCAUUCAGCAAUGAACCAAUUCAGAGGAAUCACUUUCCUACUUCUAUUUAUUUGUCUUCAAAUGUUUACAAAGCCAGCGGCAAGCUUUCAAUGUCACAAUAGUCAGCAGAUACUCACUGUUGGAAAUCACAAUGGAAACUGUUACAUAGUGGGACGAAAAGUACUACAGUUUCGUCGUGCCUACGAGUAUUGUAAGAUUUACAACGGUCUUCUGACGGACGUGGACGAAGGCUUCAACAACUUCAUAAAUACUUCAAAUUUUACGAAACAAAAUGAACAAUAUUGGAUUGGAAUCAUAUGGACAACGUCUCUUGAUCGAUGGACAUGGGUCAAUGGAGCUUAUCACAGAAUUAACGUUGCAAGAGAACGUUUUUUAGGCUACGGAUACUGUGCCAAGUAUUCCCCACAAAAACCCGAGACGUAUUUGGAAGAAGGAUGCACAAAGCAAUUAUCACCAAUCUGCAAAGUUGUGAUGAGCAACGGCACAAACAGUUGUCAACAGUUGUGUAAUGAAGAUAAGGAAAUGCCAGAUUUUUUUAUGGCAACAACAGAACAGCCUAAUGGAACCGAAAGCUCAAGCAACGAAACCAAUGCAACCAUGACCAGUGAAAAAUUAUGUAAAACAUUUGAUAGCAAUAUUGAAAAUGUGGGUGACAAUUUGAACAUGAUGGUCUUACUAAUAGUUGUUUCUAUUCUCUUUGUUUCGCUUCUGAUUAAUUUGGUUCUAAUAUUUCGAAUAAUACACAAAUUCAGAAAGUCAAAAAUUUUACGAAAUCGCCGGAAGACGGCCAAGAUUUCUAUGAUCGAUAUUUUAAAUGUAGGAGGUGAAGACGUCAGCCCGGGAGAAAAUUACGAAAGCAUGGUUUAUCAGAACGACAAUUCAAAAGACAAAGCCCAAGAUCAGGGGCGUAUCACAAAGGAUGAAAAUGUGAAAGACUACGACGUGGUCGAUAAUAAACCAACUUUAAAUUACAAUUACAGUGAAGUGAAUGUCCAAGGUGCUAUCAGUCCGACUGACCAGAACGCCACUUACUCUGCAUUAGAACACAAUGGGUUUCCCCUUGAGAUCAACGACUCGUCACAUGUGUAUGGUCUAGACAGUGGAAGUGUUCACUCGUCACAUGUGUAUGGUCUAGACAGUGGAAGUGUUCACUCGUCACAUGUGUAUGGUCUAGACAGUGGAAGUGUUCACUCGUCACAUGUGUAUGGUCUAGACAGUGGAAGUGUUCACUCAUUACAGCCCUGUGCAACAAAAUCAUUAGCUCAUGAAGACCCAAACAAUGAAACUGCCAAUAUUUAUUCAGAUAUGGAAUCUAGUGAAAGUUAACUUUUAUUUUAGAGAUGGAUCAACUUAUUUCCGGCAUGGAACAAACUCAUUAGAAUAGAGACUAGGAGUAAAGCAAAAACACAUGUUGUGGGAAAUAGUUUGAAAUGCAUUUACAAGUAUAAUGAAUACUUUACACUUUUUAUUUUGUAUUUCGCUUUUCCAUUUUUUCUUCAACAUUCUUACACAUAUUUGUAUUCCACCCAUACGAUUUGCAUGUGCCUAUUAUCGAUUUGCAUUUAAAUACAGAAUUUACUAGGUAAAAUGGUUCCCUGUCCUUUCAUCCCCUGGUCACUUCAUCCCCGGUCCAUUUAUGCCCUGGUCAUUUCAUCCCCGGUCCUUUCAUCCCAUGGUCCUUUCAUUUCAUGGUCACUUCAUCCCCUGGUCACUUCAUCCCCUAGUCAUUUCAUCCACUGGUCACUGCAUCUCCUGGUCAUUUCAUCCCCUAGUCAUUUUAUCCCCUGGUCACUGCAUCCCCUGGUCAUUGCAUCCCCUGGUCCUCUCAUCCCUUAGUCAUUUCAUCCCUUGGUCACUUCAUCCCCUGGUCACUUCAUCGCCUGGUCACUGCAUCCCCUGGUCAUUUCAUCACCUGUCCUUUCAUUCCCGGUCCUUUCAUCCCAUGGUCACUUCAUAACCGGUCCUUUCAUCCCUUGGUCACUUCAUCCCCUGGUCACUGCAUCCCCUGGUCACUUCAUCGCCUGGUCACUGCAUCCCCUGGUCAUUUCAUCACCUGUCCGUUCAUUCCCGGUCCUUUCAUCCCAUGGUCACUUCAUCCCCUGUCCUUUCAUAUCUUGGUCACUUCAUCCCCUGGUCACUGCAUCCCCUGGUCACUUCAUCGCCUGGUCACUGCAUCCCCUGGUCCUUUCAUCCCAUGGUCACUUCAUCCCCUGUCCUUUCAUCCCCCGGUCAUUUCAUCCCCUGGUCACUGCAUCCCCUGGUCAUUACAUCCCCUGGUCAUUUCAUCCCCGGUCAUUUUCAUUCCCUGUUGUGUUCAACAUUUAAUAAUUAUAUCAAACAACUAGUCAUUGUAAAAUCGUGAAAUAAGCAAUAUGUAAUAUAUUCAUUUUUAUUUAUAGAACAAAAAGUGUGACACAUUAGAUAAAAAUUAAAUUAAAUGCCAUUAAAACUAUAAAAAUUUAACAUGUAUAAAUAUAGAGGUCAUGUACAAAAAAAAAGGUGUUUUUGUGUUCAUCUACAUAAGAUAAAUAGGUAAAAUCAGAUAGAUAGGCUAUUGAUUGUAAGUACAGAAGACGAUCCAUCAAUUCAUAUUACUUAACAAAGUUUUGUAAUUCUCUUUGCCUAUAGCACAGUUUACAGCUUUAAUGUUUAAAAGAAAUAAAAGCAAAACCUAUAUAGGCGACAUGAUAUCCUGAGGAUGGGUGAAGUCAACUUUUAUUGGAGAAAAUAAAACCUUAUUUCAAGGCUAAAAUGACGCGCCCAUUGUCAAGAAAGAGCGAUUGAAAAAUAAAAUAAAGUGAGAGAUGGUCGUCAGGAGUUAUCAGCGGCAUGGUCAUAAGUAUUAUCUUAUCUUAUCUUAUCUUAUAUAAUACAGACGUUACUUCAAAAAAUAAGAUGAUUAC